GAGAAGAGCAAAGUUUGGGUCAAUAGCUUGUAAAGCAAGUGCUAUGUGAAAUUUGACAUUGAUUCAAUCAUUCAAGCAAAAAGAAUUUACUCAUAUUUUUCAAUCUCAUUGGUAGGGGACCUAUAAAGUGGAAUAAAUUCCAAGAAACUGUUUUUACAGUGUUUUGAAUUCUUGAUUUGAGUGCAAAUUUCAAAUUCAAUAUCUUCAACAACAUGGCCACUUUGAAUAACACCAGCACACAAGUUCAACUGCAAAGUCUUCCAUUUUCAUCACACCCCAUUGAGGAACAAGAUUCAAGCUUUGCAAACACAGCAACAGUGGCAGGACAAACAGUGAGAACGGUAUUUCAGAUUCUUUUCUACUUGAAUCUGAUCCUGAUUUCAGUCUUGGUGAUUUUCAUCACAAUCUAUGGUCUUGUCUUAGACUCUUUCACACACCAUUUCCACCCUGAGAAGUGGUAUCCACCACUUCUAGCAUCAACAGUAUGUGCAGGAAUUCUUGGUUUCACAUGGCAAUGCGUAAUUGCAAGCCACCCACAAAAGGCACUCGUGACGGCAUUUUGGUUGAGUCCACUGUUAACAUGUGCAAUGGGAAUUCUGUUUGUGUUAUUCGGUUCUCCAUGGAGUCUUGUAGCUGGUAUGAUUUCUUUGGUUUCUGCAGUGAUUCAAUCUCUCUAUGGUUGCUGGGUCAGUAAGAGGUUUAAAUACGCCGCUGAGAUCUUGUCGGUUUCGAUAGCUUAUCCUCCUGCUAAAAGCAAAUGCUUAGCAUUCUCAUCGAUCGUCGUUAGUGUCCUUUACUGUUCUCUUCUUGUGUCUGGAAUCGGAGGAGCAAGAGCUGUUGACAACAGAACCAAAUUAGCAGACCUUUACAUCUUGGUGAUCGUGUUGAGCCUAGGAUGGACUAUGCAGGUUGUGAAGAAUGCAAUGCAAGUCACAAUUUCAAGGGUCAAGUAUAUAUAUUUUGCUGGAGGUGGUGAAAUGAACACCAGAAUGGCGUUUUGCGACACAAUGAAGUACUUAAUUGGAAGUGUUUCUGUAGGUUCCAUCCUUGUUCCUACCAUUGGACUCUUCCGAGGCUUUGCGCGGUCGACGAGUCUGAUCGGAGGAGAAACAAAUGAGUGCAUGUUUUCUUGUGUUAGUUGCUCUAUGGGUAUUGCUGCUCUUCUCGUGACAUGGGGAAACAGAUGGGGUUUUGUGCAUGUUGGAGUUUAUAACAAAGGGUUUGUGCAAGCAUCUUCUGAUACUUGGGAGAUGUUCAUUAGGGUUGGAUUAGAGGAAUUGAUAGAUUUAGAUCUCACUGGUGCCUUCUGUUUCCUUAGUGGUGUAGCAGUAGGUGCAUUCUGUUGUCUUCUUGGUGGUAUUUGGAGUCUUAUAGUGUACAAAAGCUAUGCCAUGGAAGUUUCCAUUUAUUCUUUCAUCAUUGGCUAUUUCAUGUGUAGGUUGGCUAUUGCAUGGCCACAAGCAUGUGUUUCGGCUUACUAUGUCGCCUAUGCAGAGAACCCGCAGAGCACACAAUUUGACUCGACUAUACCAGUACGGCUGGAACAGCUUCACAGAUUUCAAGCUUUACAAAGAUCCUGAACUGAUAAUUUUUAGCUGAGCUUAAACGCCGAGAGAACGGUAAAUCAAGCAGGAAAUAUCGUCCCGGAGAUAAUAGGAUACUGAUUACUUGAUUUAAUUUUGGUCUAGUCUUCAAGACUGAUAAAUUCUUUGAUAGUGUUUGUUUUUUACUCAUCUGUGUGAAUAUAAAAAGAUACAUACCAUACGACACCAGCACCUCGCCAUUUAGUCACAGGUGAUAGUCAUAGCUGACAAUAUAAUUGAGGCAAGAAAUAUUAUAUCAAUGAUCCAAGGAUCGAAGUGUGGACGAAUAUUAGGUUUAGAAGGUGUUUGGAUAAACUGCACUUAUUCAAUGUAUAAGCUAUUUCUACAA